AUGGGGACUUGUGACUUUUACGGUGACCUUUGGGACAAUGGAACUCUAGGGUUCGAUCUCCUUGCGAGGUGCGACAGUCGACAGAGGAGACUAGAGUGGAGAGGUUUAGAAAUCCUUUCUCGACUGACGACUGCUCGAGGUCGAGGUAGAGGCGUCGCCGCUUCCCGGAUCAGGAAACUCUCAACGCCCUCGCCGCUAGCAGCCUCCUUGCUCGAGGAUUUGCCGCUUCGGAGAUUGAGAAACACCGAAACUAGAGCCUCCCUUCUCAGCUUCUACCAGUUCAACUCCUCGAGGGGAUCUCCGACUUUGCCUUUCCUCCGCCUCCCAGCAAUGCAUCAACCUAGAUUCGAAAUCAGCGUUUUGGUGUUGGUUCGAUGA